CAUUUUUCUCUCUUCAUCAUCAUCUUCAUCUUCGUCAAUCUCAAUACCCUUUUCUCUGUGUAUCGAUACAUAUAUAGAUACAUAUAUAUAUAUAUAGAGAGAGAGAGGGAUCAAAAAUGGAGAAUCCUGAUGAUAAUAAUCCCCAUGGCCUGAGCUCGGAGGAAUACACAGAGCUGGAGCCACUCAUCGCCACGUACCACAACUUCGAAUCUCAACCGAACACGUGUACGUCGGUGAUCACCCAACGUAUCGAGGCUCCGGCGAGCGUGGUGUGGGCUCUGGUGCGGCGGUUCGACAACCCUCAGAGAUACAAGCACUUCAUCAAGAGCUGCAACAUGAAUGGCGACGGCGGCGUCGGGAGCAUGAGGGAGGUCACCGUCGUGUCGGGGCUGCCGGCGUCGACCAGCGUCGAGAGGCUGGAGAUUCUGGACGACGAGAAGCACGUGCUGAGCUUCAGCGUCGUUGGUGGAGAGCACCGCCUCAACAACUACCGGUCAGUCACUUCCGUCAAUGAGUUUCGGAAAAACGACAGCGACGAGAGCCAAAACGACAACGGCGGUGUUUACACGGUGGUGAUAGAGUCUUACAUCGUGGACAUACCGGAGGGGAACACGACGGAGGACACGAAGAUGUUUGUCGACACCGUUGUGAAGUUGAACCUUCAGAAGCUUGCCGUGGUGGCUCUGCAUGGCGGCGACGGCGGCGAUGGCGAUGGCGGCCAUGACCUUUAGUAGUGUAAUGUAAAGUAAUCGAUUAAUCGUAAAACGGUGCGUUUUGAGUUUUUACUAUUUGUUAUUUUUGUAAUUCAUCAAUAUUCAAUAUUUAUUAUCACUACUCUACUACUA